AUGCUGCAGGUCUCCUUAUCAGCUGCCUUAAGAAUAGUCGCCCUACAGAAGAUGCCCUGCCAGCAGCUGUCAUGCGUUACCGGGCGAGGUGGGGUAACAGGGUAACUAGGUAACCUAAGGAACACAGGCAACAGAUGCGAGAGGUGUGCAAUCAUCCCAGUUGGCCUUAAAGGGUGUUCCUUAGCAUAGGCACACACACACACAUGCUACUGUACUAAACACACUCUUGUCUAAGAGCAUCCUUGAAUGCACACCAGAACCUCUCUUGAACAAAAUACAUGAUACUGUAUAUGCUCGCUGGUGCCCACUGAAACACCCACAGGGACACAUGGACACGCACACAGCCCUGCCUGCCAGGUACAGUAGUAAGUGCUGCCAGCCUGUCUGACCAGAGUAGAGUAGAGCAGGGCUCUCAGACAGAUAGACAGGUUGAAGUACGUCAAGGCCAGAGCCAUCUCUCUUCUAUCCUAGGUCAUAUCCACCCCACACACGCACACACACACACACACACACACACACACACACACACACAACACACAACACACAAAACAGAACACAUCAGUUCUGUCACGUUGUUGGUGAGGACACCAGACCGAUGCAGGUCUGUAGGUUACUGAGUGUCUCUGUCCCUGGCUAGAGAGAAGAGAAGAAGAGCUCAUGGAUUACAAUACAAUACUAUGUUUCCUGAGAAACGUGAUCUUAGAGAGAACAUCAUUAUGGCAGCAGGAAAUUGUGCUGCUGUGGGAAGAGGAAGAAGGAGAGAGAGGGAUAUAGAGAGAUGGAAGGGAAAGAGAGCUGCUACGGUGUCAACAAACCAAAUACAUCUGAUCCCCGGCUCUUCUCUGAGGUCAAGUCUUCAUCUGGUCUCAUCUCUUCUUCUUCACAACAAUGCCAGCUCUUCUUCUCUCUAGCUCUUUUGGCAGGGGGAAUAAUAAAAUAUACUGUACUGUAUACAGAAAGCAUCGAGUCUACACCAAUCGUAUAAAAGGAGGAGAGGAAAAUGUCUGGUCCUGGGCAGCGGACUCUCCCUCAUUCUCCCUCCUCUCGUCCCUCCCAUUCUCUUACCUCUCUCCUCUGUUUGCUGAUUACGUCUGUGCGUGUGUUUUGUUCCCUCUUUCUCUGUGUAAUUGUACGCUUUUAAAAGUCAGAUUUCUCCUCUUGAAUUUCAAUCAAGAGGCUUCAAAGUGAGCGGCUCCAUGACUGAGGGGUCAUUAAACAGGGCUAUGCUGUGCUGGGGAUACUAGACCAGACCCAGACCAUUCAGUCACAAACACACACACGCACACACACACAGGGAGACAGACAGACACACACACACACACACACCACACACACACAUACACUGUCCUGAACCUAAAGGCCCUCUCUCCAGCCCUUCAGAGCUGGACAUGAACAGAACAGACCAUUUAAACCCUGAACACACCACAACAUCCAGUAGUCCUGAAGUCUACUCAAAAUAACGAGUGACAUCAAGACAAUGUUUUAAUAUUCACCACAGUGUCCAACUGACUCCCCAGCUUUGACUCACUCCUCUGCUGACGAACAGAGCUCUGGGGAGCUAGGUAGGUCUCCCAGACCACCACUUAGUGAAGUGAUUCAUGUUUGCAAUACUGUCUAGCUCUUUCCCCUGAGUUGUCAUCAUUAUUACAGUUAUUACAUUCUGACACUGUGCCCCUGUGGAUGGACUCUGAAUAGAGCCGGCAGGGAGAGCCAGGCGGACUCUGAAUAGACCUGAGUAUGGCUUGCCGGUGGGUAAUGAUUGUGGAUGAUGGUGCAUGAUACUGUUCACCUUUCAGAAAUGACAUGGAUGGCACAAUGGCUCAAAUCAAUCACCAGACACUCUGGUUGAGUCCCAAAUGUCACCCUGUACCCUAUACAGUGCAUUCGGAAAGUAUUCGGACCCCUUGACUUUUUCCACAUUUUGUUACGUUACAGCCUUAUUCUAAAAUUGACAAAAUUGUUUUUUUCCCUCAUCAAUCUACACACAAUACCCCAUAAUGACAAAGCAAAAACAGUUUUUUAGAAAUGUUUGCAAAAGUAUAAAAAAUAAAAACUGAAAUAUCACAUUUACAUAAGUAUUCAGACCCUUUACUUAGUACUUUGUUGAAGCACCUUUGGCAGAGAUUACAGCCUCAAUUCUUCUUGGGUAUGACGCUACAAGCUUGGCACACCUGUAUUUGGGGAGUUUCUCCCAUUCUUCUCUGCAGAUCCUCUCAAGCUCUGUCAGGUUGGAUGGGGAGUGACACUGCACAGCUAUUUUCAGGUCUCUCCAGAGAUGUUCGAUCGGGUUCAAGUCCGGGCUCUGGCUGGGCCACUCAAGGACAUUCAGAGACUUGUCCCGAAGCCACUCCUGCGUUAUCUUGGCUGUGUGCUUAGGGUCAUUGUCCUGUUGGAAGGUGAACCUUCGCCCCAGUCUGAGGUCCUGAGUACUCUGGAGCAGGUUUUCAUCAAGGAUCUCUCUGUACUUUGCUCCGUUCAUCUUUCCCUCGAACCUGACUAGUCUCCCAGUCCCUGCCGCUGAAAAACAUCCCCACAGCAUGAUGCUGCCACCACCAUGUUUCACAGUAGGGAUGGUGCCAGGUUUUCUCCAGACGUGAUGCUUGGAUUCAUGCCAAAGAGUUCAAGCUUGGUUUCAUCAGACCAGAUAAUCUUGUUUCUCAUGGUCUGAGAGUCCUUUAGGUGCCUUUUGGCAAACUCCAAGUGGGCUGUCAUGUGCCUUUUACUGAGGAGUGGCAUCCAUCUGGCCACUCUACCAUAAAGACCUGAUUGGUGGAGUGCUGCAGAGAUUGUUGUCCUUCUGGAAGGUUAGUCCCAUCUUCACAGAGGAACUCUGGAGCUCUGUCAGAGUGACCAUCGGGUUCUUGGUCACCUCCCUGACCAAGGACCUUCUCCCCCGAUUGCUCAGUUUGGCCAGGCGGCCAGCUCUAGGAAGAGUCUUGGUGGUUCCAAACUUCUUCCAUUUAAGAAUGAUGGAGGCCACUGUGUUCUUGGGGAACUUCAAUGCUGCAGAAAUGUUUUGGUACUCUUCCCCAGAUCUGUGCCUCGACACAAUCCUGUCUCGGAGCUCUACGGACAAUUCCUCAAUUUUGAGUCUCAUAGCAAAGGGUCUGAAUACUUAUGUAAAUAAAGUAUUUCUGUUUUUUAUUAUGGCGUAUUGUGUGUAGAUUGAUGAGGGGAAAAAUGUAUUAAUUACAUUUUAUAAUAAGGCUGAAAUGUAACAAAAUGUGGAAAAAGUCAAGGGGUCUGAAUACUUUCCGAAUGCACUGUAUAGUGCACUACUUUUUUACCAGGGUCCUAUGGGUGCACUAGGGAAUAGGGGGAAUUGGGAUGUAGACUUUGUGUGGGUAUGGAGGGGCACGGUGGCACGCAGGGCUCUGUCUACCCCACAGGAGGCCCUUUGUAUCUCCAGCUGCAGAUAUAUAAAAGGCCCGGUUUAAACCAUCAGACCCCUGGAUCUAACUGCUUCUGCGCCCAUCAGUUUCUCUUAACCACUUUAAUUAACUGCACAGUAGAGGUGACCAGUGGUACCUUAAUUGGGGAGAACAGGCUCAUAAUAAUAGCUGAAACAGAAUCAAUUGAAUGGUAUCGAACACAUCAAACACAUGGUUUCAAUGUGGUUGAUACCAUUCAAUUUAUUCCAUUCCAGACAUUAUUAUGAGUUGGCCUCCCCUCAGCAGCCUCCUGUGCUGCACUGAGCUGGGUAACUGUCAACCAUUACGGUGCUCACAGUCCAACUGUGGCAGAUGGUAGCAGAAGUGAGAGAGGAGUACCACACUCUAAAAAAUGCUGGGUUAAAAAGCAACCCAGCGCUGUGUAAGUAGUGGACAGAACACACAUUGGGUUGUUUUUUACCCAGAAGUUGGGGCACUUAGUUGGGUUAUUGAGCUAUGACCAGAUGGGCAGUAUGUCUGUUACAUGUAUUUGAAAUAUGUAUUUUAAUUACCCCUAAGUAUUUUGUGUUUUGUAUUACACUGGGCUGAACUACAGUUGAAGUCGGAAGUUUACAUACUCUUAGGUUGGAGUCAUUAAAACUCGUUUUUCAACCACUCCACACAUUUCUUGUUAGCAAACUAUAGUUUUGGCAAGUCGGUUAGGACAUCUACUUUGUGCAUGACACAAGUAAUUUUUCCAACAAUUGUUUACAGACAGAUUAUUCCACUUAUAAUUCACUGUAUGACAAUUCCAGUGGGUCAGAAGUUUACAUACACUAAGUUGACUGUGCCUUUAAACAGCUUGGAAAAUUCCAGAAAAUGAUGUCAUGGCUUUAGAAGCUUCUGAUAGGCUAAUUGACAUCAUUGAGUCAAUUAGAGGUGUACCUGUGGAUGUAUUUCAAGGCCUACCUUCAAACUCAGUGCCUCUUUGCUUGACAUCAUGGGAAAAUCAAAAGAAAUCAGCCAAGACCUCAGGGAACAAGUGGUAGACCUCCACAAGUCUGGUUAAUCUUUGGGAGCAAUUUUCAAACGCCUGAAUGUACCACGUUCAUCUGUACAAACAAUAGUACGCAAGUAUAAACACCAUGGGACCACGUAGCCGUCAUACCGAUCAGGAAGGAGACGCGUUCUGUCUCCUAGAGAUGAACGUACUUUGGUGCGAAAAGUGCAAAUCAAUCCCAGAACAACAGCAAAUGACCUUGUGAAGAUGCUGGAGGAAACAGGCACAAAGGUAUCUAUAUCCACAGUAAAACGAGUCCUAUAUCGACAUAAUCUGAAAGGCCGCUCAGCAAGGAAGAAGCCACUGCUCCAAAACCGCCAUAAAAAAGCCAGACUACGGUUUGCAACUGCACAUGGGGACAAAGAUCGUACUUUUUGGAGAAAUGUCCUCUGGUCUGAUGAAACAAAAAUAGAACUGUUUGGCCAUAAUGACCAUCGUUAUGUUUGGAGGAAAAAGGGGGAUGCUUGCAAGCCAAAGAACACCAUCCAAACCGUGAAGCACGGAGGUGGCAGCAUCAUGCUGUGGGGGUGCUUUUCUGCAGGAGGGACUGGUGCACUUCACAAAAUAGAUGACAUCAUGAGGAAGGAAAAUGAUGUGGAUAUAUUGAAGCAACAUCUCAAGACAUCAGUCAGGAAGUUAAAGCUUGGUCGCAAAUGGGUCUUCCAAAUGGACAAUGACCCCAAGCAUACUUCCAAAGUUGUGGCAAAAUGGCUUAAGGACAACACAGUCAAGGUAUUGGAGUGGCCAUUACAAAGUCCUGACCUCAAACCUAUAGAACAUUUGUGGGCAGAACUGAAAAAGCGUGUGCGAGCAAGGAGGCCUACAAACCUGACUCAGAUACACCAGCUCUGUCAGGAGGAAUGGGCCAAAAUUCACCCAACUUAUUGUGGGAAGCUUGUGGAAGGCUACCCGAAAUGUUUGACCCAAGUUAAACAAUUUAAAGUCAAUGCUUCCAAAUACUAAUUGAGUGUAUGUAAACUUCUGACCCACUGGGAAUGUGAUGAAAGAAAUAAAAGCUGAAAUAAAUCAUUCUUUCUACUACUUUUCUGGCAUUUCACAUUCUUAAAAUAAAGUGGUGAUCGUAGCUGACCUAAGACAGGGAAUUUUGACUAGGAUUAAAUGUCAGGAAUUGUGAAAAAUUGAAUUUAAGGUAUAUGUAAACUUCCGACUUCAACUGUACAUAUGAGAUGAGUAGUGCAAGAUAUGUAAACAUUAUUAAAGUGACUAGUGUUCCAUUUCUUAAAGUGGCCAGUGAUUUCAAUAGGCAGCAGCAGCCUCUAAUGUGCAACGACAAUACCUAGUAUGCUUUGCAGUUGUUCAUUUUUACAUAUACACUACCGGUCCAAAGUUUUAGAACACCUACUCAUUCAAGGGUUUUUCUUUAUUUUUACUAUUUUCUACCUUGUAGAAUGAUAUGAAAUAACACAUAUGGAAUCAUGUAGUAACCAAAAAAGUGUUACAAAAAUCUAAAUAUAUUUUAUAUUUGAGAUUCUUCAAACAGCCACCCUUUGCCUUGAUGACAGCUUUUCACAACCAGCUUCACCUGGAAUGCUUUUCCAACAGUCUUAAAGGAGUUCCCACAUAUGCUGAGCACUUGGUGGCUGCUUUUCCUUCACAUUGCGGUCCGACUCAUCCCAAACCAUCUCAAUUUGGUUGAGGUCGGGGGAUUGUGGGGGCCAGGUCAUCUGAUGCAGCACUCCAUCACUGUUCUUCUUGGUCAAAUAGCCCUUACACAGACUGGAUGUGUGUUUUGGGUCAUUGUCCUGUUGAAAAACAAAUGAUAGUCCCAUUAAUUCCAAACCAGAUGGGAUGGCGUAUUGCUGCAGAAUGCUGUGGUAGCCAUGCUGGUUAAGUAUGCCUUGAAUUCUAAAUAAAUCACAGACAGUGUCACCAGCAAAGCACCAUCACACCUCCUCCUCCAUGCUUCACGGUGGGAACUACACAUGCGGAGGUCAUCCGUUCACCUACACUGCGUCUCACAAAGACACGGCGGUUUGAACCAAACAUCUCCAAUUUGGACUCCAGACCAAAGGACAGAUUUCCACCGGUCUAAUGUCCAUUGCUCGUGUUUCUUGGCCCAAGCAAGUCUAUUCUUCUUAUUGGUGUCCUUUAGUAGUGGUUUCUUUGCAGCAAUUCGACCAUGAAGGCCUGAUUCACACAGUCUCCUCUGAACAGUUGAUGUUGAGAUGUGUCUGUUACUUGAACUCUGUGAAGCAUUUAUUUGGGCUGCAAUUUAUGAGGCUGGUAACUCUAAUGAACUUAUCCUCUGCAGCAAAGGUAACUCUGGGUCUUCCUUUCCUCUGGCGGUCCUCAUUAGAGCCAGUUUCAUCAUAGCGCUUGAUGGUUUUUGCGACUGAUCUUGAAGAAAUUUUCAAAGUUCUUGAAAUGUUCCGUAUUGAAUGACCUUCAUGUCUUAAAGUAAUGAUGGACUGUCUUUUCUCUUUGCUUAUUUGAGCUGUUCUUGACAUAAUAUGGACUUGGUCUUUUACCAAAUAGGGCUAUCUUCUGUAUGCCACCCCUACCUUGUCACAACACAACUGAUUGGCUCAAAUGCAUUAAGAAGGAAAUAAAUUCCACAAAUUAACUUUUAAGAAGGCACACCUGUUAAUUUAAAUGCAUUCCAGGUGACUACCUCAUGAAGCUGGUUGAGAGAAUGCCAAAUGUGUGCAAAGCUGUCAUCAAGGCAAAGGGUGGCUACUUUGUUUAACACUUUUUUGGUUACUAUAUGAUUCCAUAUGUGUUAUUUAAUAGUUUUGAUGUCUUCACUACUAUUCUACAAUGUAGAAAAUAGUAAAAAUAAAGAAAAACCCUUGAAUGAGUAGGUGUGUCCAAACUUUUGACUGGUACUGUACGUAUUUCAAAUACAUGUAACAGAAAUACUGCCCUUCUCUGAACGUGGCUCAAUAACCCAGCUUCAACAACUGAACCUUGCUUUGGCAAUGGGUUGUCAAGUGGCCCAACUGCAGAGUCAAAAUAACCCAACAUGUGUUCUGUCCAAUAUUUACCCAAAUUGAGUUGUUUUUAACCCAGCAUUUCUUUGAGUGCAUUUGCAUACAUUGGUGUGUAGUGGGUGUCACAAGCCUUGCCUCCUGGAUAAUAGCAGUCAUUCUCUACUGACAGAUUCAUCCAGAUGAUUUGACUUUUUAAUGUUCAUUUUUAAAACGAAAAGUAUUAUUAUUUGUUAUGCAAUGAUGUUUCUGUGGUGUGAUGACUAAUCAUUAAAAUAUCCCUUUCUCACUAUUUUUCAUCCCUCUUUCCUCCUCCCUCCCUCCCUCCCUCCCUCCCUCCCUCCCUCCCUCCCUUCCUCUCUGCUGUAGAUGGUGGUUCUGAUGGACCCCAUGGAGGAUCCAGAUGAUAUCCUGCGUGCCAACCGCUCCCGGGAAAAGACCUAUAUGUUCGACGUGGCGUUUGACUACUCAGCUAACCAGGAGGAGGUGUACAGAGCCACGACCAAGGGCCUAAUCGAAGGCCUCAUAUCUGGCUACAACGCCACCGUUUUCGCCUAUGGACCCACAGGUUUGUCAUAGCUGCCAUAUCCUCUAUUCUAACUGUGUGCAUGUGUGUGAAUGCAUGUGUGCAUGUGUCCUCUGUCCCUGUGUGUGUUGUCCUCAUCUACCACCCACUGGGCACCAGGGGAGAACAUUACAAAGGAAAUAAUCAGCCUGGGGGUUGAUGAUCCUGACUGCAUGUAUUUUUAUCCAAGUUAUUUCUUAUUUUUUUGCCCAUUACAGCCAUAUAAUCAAACUCAUAUAGCGCUAUCUUCCUUUUCCACUUGAUUAAUCUGGUGGUUCUAUAUUUUAAUUACUCAGAUUUGUUACCAUAUGGACUGGGGAGGGGUGUUGCGUGUCAUCUCUCAUUCUGCUUUUAAUAGGAAGACAGGAAAUUGUUCCGUAGGGAGCACCUGACUGCCGAGAAGCAGGGCUCAGACAGACAGUCACUACCUAGAAAGACAGAUACAACAGACCCAAAAGUAAUCUUCCCCUCCAUCCCUUCCUCCCUCCUUCCUGCUGUCUGUCUCUCCCUGUAGACUCACCGCUCUUAAUCUCUGCUCAUCUCUAAUUAAACUAAUUAAACUCAGUGUGUCGCAGUCUUGUUGUCCAAAACAGAAUUAAGAUCUUGUGACCAGGCUGUCCUCCUCGACCAAAACAGGCAUGAUUUCAGGGAAUAGAGCUUGACUGGGGUUAAGCUUUCAACAAGAAGGCCUUUUAAUAUUGAGUUUAAAAGUAGUGUACAGCUACUGAAUGUGAGACAAAUUCCUGUAAAAGGGCAAAUAAAUGAACUGAACUUAAAGGAGAAGUUUUCUUUUUUACAACCAUAUCUCUAUUUCUGAUGUAUUGUAAAUGGCAUGUUCUAGAAUUUUUUGUGUAUUUUCACUUGUUUUUGAGAAUUUGCUGUUUAGGGUAAGGUUCUCAAAAACAAGUGAAAUCACAAAAAAAGGUGUCUGGACCCUUCCAUAACAUCCCAGCUAGCACAUAACAUUCUGAGACCCAUAUGUUUCUUAGAGCUUGGUGAGAGCGUGGUUGUCCUAUGGUUAUUUAGCAUACAACCAUGCCACAACUUUCUGGGAAUGGUGCAGGAUACCGAGCUAGCACUUAACGUUCUGAGAACCAUAUGUUUCUUAGGUGGGAAUUUCAGUACUUCAGCAUAACGUUUUCUACAGGUUUUCUCAUGGUUCUAUUUAGUCAUGUUCUCAUAUUGUUUAGAGAACGUUAAGAAACAUUGUUGUUCUGUGGGAAUUUCAGUACUUUAGCGUAACGUUUUCUGCAGGUUUCCUCAUAGUUCUAUUUAAAGUCAUGUUCUCAGAACAUUAAGAAAACUUACCAUAAAAAACACAACAAUACAUUAGUAAUGUUCAAAGAACGUUCUGAGAAUGUUAUUUAAAAACACAGUCAUUUCGUUCUCAGCGUCAACAAAACUCUCUAUCCUCUAUCUUGUUAAGUGUGUUCAAGUGUGUUGGCCGCGCCUUCUAAUUGGUCAUAACUGAUCUUAAUGAGUGCAAGUUUCCUUUGAAAUGGGGUCUAUUUGAAUAGACUAAAAUGAACAGCUUGGUAUGAGUAAAAAAACAAUGGCAUUAAGAAAUUAAGAUCAUAGGUUUGAAUCUCACUGAUGCCAUGCCACAAUAAAAAAUAAAUGUGUUUGCCUGAUUAAUGCCUAAGAAAAUUAAUUUCCAAUUGUCCUAUCUGUGUUCAAAACAGUUAACCUAAGCUAGCAGUGUUAUUAAAAGAAACAGAAAAAUGUUCUCAGAACAUUAUUUAAUUACCUUCAAAUUACCUAUAAUUUCCGUUCUCAGAACAUUAAUAAAACUUCCCAGGAAAAUAUAGUAAAACGUUCUCAGAUCCUCCUUGCAACCAAAAAAUGUAUGUUCCCAGAACAGGUGAAAUGUUCACUUUCGUUCUCAGAACGUAAAAAAAACGUUCAGUUUUACCGAUCAGGAAACUUACGACUUCGUUCCCAGAACCAAUGGGAAACCAAAAACAUACGUUCCCACAACUUCCAAAGAACCAGAUGUGCUAGCGGGGAUACCAUUGACAUAAAAAAUGUAGAUUUGGAGUAAAGAAUAAAACUUCUCCUUUAAGUGAACUGAUCUUACAUUUUACAUUUACAUUUUAGUCAUUUAGCAGACGCUCUUAUACAGAGCGACUUACAGUUAGCUUGCAGAAAAAUAUAGUAAUGACACUGAAAUUGACACUAUUCAAUGAUCAAGUUGUUUGGUAUUGAUACUAUUUUCCCCUUCAACUCAAACUGCAAACUGUAAUUGUGCAUAUUUUCCCUCUUUGUGUGUGUGCGUGUGUGUCUGUGCUCAGGUUGUGGGAAGACGUACACUAUGUUGGGGACGGACAGGGAACCAGGGAUUUACGUACGGACUCUAAAUGACCUGUUCAAAGCCAUCGAGGAGACCAGCGAUGACAUGCAGUACAACAUCUCCAUGUCAUACCUGGAGGUGAGAAUACAUACUGUGUCUAUUUCUGCUUUCCAAAUGACACCCAAUUCCCUAUAUAGUGCACUACAUUUCAAAAGUAGUACACUAUAUAGGGAAUAGGAUGCUAUUUUGGGACGCAACCUGUGUCUGCCAUUAUUUCUCUUAGGAAUACCCUGACAACAUGUCUAAUAACACACAUCUAACACAGCUGUCAGCAGCCUACUUGUGCUAUAACAAACUGCCCUAUCACCUGACCCACAAGGCUUUCAGUUCAGCUAAGGUCAUCAACAGUGAUGUAGUGCCAUAUAGUAUACUAACUUAUAACCACAACUGCAUUUCUGUUUAUUUAACAGUUCAUGUUGAUAGUCAUGCAGAUACAGUGCCUUCAGAAAGUAUUCACACCCCUUCACUUUUUCCACAUUUUGUUGUGUUACAAGGUGGAAUUGAAAUAGAUUUAAUUGUCAACAAUCUACACACAAUACUCUGUAAUGUCAAAGUGGAAGAAAAACAUUUGUAAAACAAAAUAUGAAAAAUAAACCACUAAUAUAUCUUGAUUACAUACAGUGCCUUCAGAAAGUAUUCAUACCCCUUCACUUAUUCCACAUUUUGUUGUGUUACAGCCUGAAUAUAAAAAAUUGAAAACAUGUUUUUUAGACAGUUUUGCAAAUUUAUUGAAAAUGAAAUACAGAAAUAUCUCAUUUACAUAAGUAUUCACACCCCUGAGUCAAUACUUUGUUGAAGCACCUUUGGCAGCGAUUACAGCUGUGAGUCUUUCUGGGUAAGUCUCUAAGAGCUUUCCACACCUGGAUUGUGCAACAUUUGCCCAUUAUUCUUUUAAAAAUUCUUCAAACUCUGUUGAUCAUUGUUAGACAACCAUUUUCUUGUCUUGCCAUAGAUUUUCAAGUAGAUUUAAGUCAAAACUGUAACUUGGCUACUCAGGAACAUUCACUGUCUUCUUGGUAAGCAACUCCAGUGUAGAUUUGACCUUGUAUUUUAGGUUAUUGUCCUGCUAAAAGGUGAAUUAAUCUCCCAGUGUCUGGUGGAAAGCAGACUAAACCUGUGCUUAGCUUCAUUCCAUUUCUUUUUUAUCCUGAAAAACUCCCCAGUCCUUAACGAUUACAAGCAUACCCAUAACAUGAUCCAGCCACCACUAUGCUUGGAAAUAUGGAGAGUGGUACUCAGUAAUGUGUUGUAUUGGAUUUGCCCCAAACGUAACACUUUGUAUUCAGGACAAAAACUUAAUUGCGUUUGCCUUGUUGCAAAUAGGAUGCAUGUUUUGGAAUAUUUUUUAUUCAGUACAGGCUUCCUUAUUUUCACUCUGUCAAUUAGGUUAGUAUUGUGGUGUAACUACAAUGUUAUUGAUCCAUCCUCAGUUUUCUCCUAUCACAGCCAAAAACUGUUUUAAAGUCACCAUUGGCCACGAUUUCCUUCCUCUUUGGCAACUGAGUGAGGAAGGAUGCCUGUAGGGGUUGAUACAUUUUUUGUUAGGGCACAGAGUGAGUCCAUGCAACUUAUUAUGUGACUUGUUAGGCACAUUUUUACUCCUGAACUUAUUUAGGUUUGCCAUAACAAAGGGGUUGAAUACUUAUUGACUACUUUGUCAGUAUUUGAAAGUGGUUCCUUUUGUAUGCAAGCGUAGCUUCCCAUUGUGCUUCUUUUGUACACUUAAUUCCCAAUUUCUUUCCAGGAACAAUCACCAUAAUGAAAAGAAACCUUGACAAGGAGUGAUGUAGCAACCUUCUCAUGAUUAUGGCUUAUUAUUAACAUAGUGGUAUUCCUUCUAAGCAAACAGUGACGCAUGCAGAGAUUCAUUCUAAGUUGUUCAUCCUAUCUUCAUCUAGGUAGAAAGAGAAAGAAAGUGACAGAUGAUAGACAGCUCUUUAUUAAAAAGAACAAAAAUGGAGAGAACGCUCAAUCAGCCAAAGACAUACACCAGAAAAAUAUUUCUAGAGUAGAAUGAGCGACAGUCCUUGUGUUUGGAAGAAAUGAGCGUUGAUUGCAGAAUGCGUAAGACAUACAAAGGGCACAAUGCCAUUGGUUUGAAGUUUGAAACUCGCUACUUUGUGCUUCUACUACAAGCUAUUCUACAAGCUAUUAUUUUACAAAAUAUUCUGCAAUAAAUGAGUGGGUGCAGUAGUAGAGAGUAGCAACACAUGAUUAAUAAAGUUGAAGGUAACACUGGAUGCCCGUAGCAUACGUUUCGUACUGUAGUCCUGUCCAGCUCUGUGAUGGCUGGACUGUGACAUCGUGUGUGUUUGUCUUGUUGGCCUCUAGGGAGCAACCUGCUGCCUGCUGCUGCCCUCUUUCAGUCCUCCUAUCACUACACAGAGAGGUUCAGUGGUGUUUUAUAGCACUGCUAAAACCAUACUCACAUCUGCUCUCACUGCUGCCUUUCUCUUUCAAAUCAGCCUCCUGUUUAACCUGUUAUUACACAAACAUAAACUAAUUACAAAUAUGCACACAAGAACACAUGCAUACACACACUUGCUCAUUUAACACCCAUGCACUUAGUUCAGCUUCUAUUCUAUUCUAUGAAAAGCUCCUAUGUUUUUACCCUGUCUUCAUAUGUUACUACCCUAAUGAGAGGAGAUGUGUUUUUCCCCUUCACCUGAACUGAAAGAGUUUAGAUGGUAAGAAUAACUGGAUAAACAUUCUCCUGUCUGUCUCAAUCAUUAUUUCCCCUUAAGUGAGUUUAGAGUGGUUCUGGGGUUGGUUAUGAACAAGGAUAGCCUACUCUGCAGGAGAGAAGUGUUUUGUUUUCUUUACUUGCACACUAUGUUCUACCCUCCCCUGCUGCCACACAUCCCAGUCUAUCCCAAGUCUCCAAGUGGUCUCUCUCUCUCUCUCUCUCUCUCUCUCUCUCUCUCUCUCUCUCUCUCUCUCUCUCUCUCUCUCUCUCUCUCUCUCUCUCUCUCUCUCUCUCUCUCUCUCCUCUCUCUCUCUCUCUCUCUCUCUCUCUCUCUCUCUCUCUCUCUCCUCUCUCUCUCUCUCUCUCUCUCUCUCUCUCUUCUCUCUCUCUCUCUCUCUCUCUCUCUCUCUCUCUCUCUCUUCCUGGUUGUCACUUUGUUGAUGUGGGGAUAAGAGCUCUCCACAUGAAAUCACAGUCAACACAGAAUGAUCAGCCUGUAUGAAAGCAACUUGAGCUGCUGACGACAGACUGUCACAGAACAAGUUGGGCUAGCUAAAUUAGGAGUUAGUAAAACAACAAAAGAGUUUAUGUACAGUACUAGUUUUAGACCUUUCAAGUGUAUAUACUUUGCAGGAGGUAUUUUCCAUGUACAGUACCAGUCAAAGGUUUGGACACACCUACUCAUUCAAGUAUUUUUUUACUAUUUUUUACAUUGUAGAAUAACAGUGAAUACAUCAAAACUAUGAAAUAACACAUAUGGAAUCAUGCGGUAACCAAAAAAGUGUUAAACAAAUCAAAAUAUAUUUUAUAUUUGAGAUUCUUCAAAUAGCCACCCUUUGCCUUGUUGACAGCUUUGCACACUCUUGGCAUUCUCUUAAGGAGCUUCACCUGGAAUGCUUUUCCAACAGUCUUGAAGGAGUUCCCACAUAUGCUGAGCACAUGUUGGCUGCUUUUCCUUCACUCUGCCAUCCGACUCAUCCCAAACCAUCUCAAUUGGGUUGAGGUCGGGGGAUUGUAGAGGCCAGGUCAUCUGAUGCUGCACUCCAUCACUCUCCUUCUUGGUAAAAUAGCCCUUACACAGCCUGGAGGUGUGUUGGGUCAUUGUCCUGUUGAAAAACAAAUGAUAGUCCCACUAAGCCCAAACCAGAUGGGAUGGCGUAUCGCUGCAGAAUGCUGUGGUAGCCAUGCUGGUUAAGUGUGCCUUGAAUUCUAAAUAAAUCACAGACAGUGUCACCAGCAAAGCACCCCCACACCAUAAAACCUCCUCCUCCAUGCUUUACGGUGGGAACUACACAUGCGGAGAUCAUCCGUUCACCCACACCGAGUCUCACAAAGACACAGCGGUUUGAACUAAAAAUCUCCAAUUUGGACUCCAGACCAAAGGACAAAUUUCCACCUGUCUAAAGUCCAUUGUUCGUGUUUCUUGGCCCAACAGGUCUCUUUUUAUUAUUGGUGUCCUUUAGUAGUGGUUUCUUUGCAGCAAUUCGACCAUGAAGGCCUGAUUCACACAGUCCCCUCUGAACAGUUGAUGUUGAGAUGUGUCUGUUACUUGAACUCUGUGAAGCAUUUAUUUGGGCUGCAAUUUCUGAGGCUGGUAAUUCUAAUGAACGUAUCCCUUGCAGCAGAGGUAACUCUGGGUCUUCCAUUCCUGUGGCGGUCCUCGUGAGAGCCAGUUUCAUCAUAGCGCUUAAUGGUUUUUGCGACUGCACUUGAAGAAACUUUCAAAGUUCUUGAAAUGUUCUCUUUGCUUAUUUGAGCUGUUCUUGCCAUAAUAUGGACUUGGUCUAUUACCAAAUAAGGCUAUCUUCUGUAUACCACCCCUACCUUGUCACAACACAACUGAUUGGCUCAAACUUAUUAAGACGGAAAAAAUUCCUCAAAUUAACUUUUAAGAAGGCACACCUGUUAAUUUAAAUGGAUUCCUGGUGACUACCUCAUGAAGCUGGUUGAGAGAAUGCCAAGAGUGUGCAAAGCUGUCAUCAAGGCAAAGGGUGGCUAUUUGAAGAAUCUCAAAUAUAAAAUAUAUUUUGAGUUGUUUAACACUUUAUUUCAUAGUUUUGAUGUCUUCACUAUUAUUCUACAAUGUAGAAAAUAGUAAAAAAAUUAAGAAAAACUAUUGAAUGAGUAGAUGUGUCCAAACUUUUGACUGGUAGUGUCCCAAAACCAUUGUGUCAUCAACUCCAAAAGAAAACUCCCCAAUGGAAACUUAACUCAUGUUUCUCCCAACUGUCACUAUAACAAUUCCUUGGAUAUGAGAAUUAAUUGGAUCUAACAAUUCCUUGGAUGUUGAGCUUUUGAGAUUUGAUUUGGAAGCUGAGGAGAAACUUCCUGACUCCCCUGACCAUUCCCUGUGUUGUGUUCCCAGAUCUACAACGAGAUGAUCCGGGACCUUCUCAACCCGUCCUCUGGGUUCCUGGACCUGAGAGAGGACUCUAAAGGAGAGAUCCAGGUGGCUGGCAUCACAGAGGUCUCCACUAUCAACGCCCGAGAGGUGAGCGUUCACACCUGGGAACACUUACUCCAUGCUACUCCAGAUCACACACUAUACAGUACAUAAAACACAUACACAAUCCAUACAUUAUUCUAAAUCAGUAUAUUGUAUAUUAUGAAGCCUACACUUGAAAAAAUGCUGGGUUAAAAAACAACUCAAUUUGGGUAAAUAUUGGACAGAACAUAUGUUGGGUUAUUUUGACCCAGCCAGUUGGGUCACUUAGUUGGGUUGUUGGGUUAUUGAGCUAUGACCACCGGGUCAGAUCAGAAGACUGGGGGCAUGGCUUAGUAGGGGUGUGGCUUUCAAAUAGUUAUUUUUGGCCACCUGCGAGAGUACACUACAUUACCAAAAGUCCACUCCAGCCGACGCUUGGCAUUGCGCAUGGUGUUCUUAGGCUUGUGUGCGGCUGCUCGGCCAUGAAAACCCAUUUCAUUAAGCUCCCGACGAACAGUUCUUGUGCUGAUGUUGGUUCCAGAGGCAGUUUGGAACUUGGUGGUGAGUGUUGCAACCAAGGACAGACGGUACCGUUCUGUGAGCUUGUGUGACCUACCACUUCGCGGCUGAGCCGUUGUUGCUCCUAGACGUUUCCUUUUCACAAUAACAGCACUUUCAGUUGACCGGGGAAAGCUCUAGCAGGGCAGAAAUUUGAUGAACUGACUUGUUGGAAAGGUGGCAUCCUGUGAUGGUGCCAUGUUGAAAGUUACUGAGCUCUUCAGUAAGGCCAUUCUACUGCCAAUGUUUGUCUAUGGAGAUUGCAUGGCAACGGGUGUGGCUGAAAUAGCCGAAUCCACUAAUUUGAAGGGGUGUCCACAUACUUUUGUAUAUAUAGUGUAACUGUCAUUCCGGUUCAUGUUCUGUUGUAUUGUCAUCACAUGUUAAGGUUGAGCACUGACACUUUUGUUCUUUUAUGAGUCUUACGCAAGAGUAUGAAUUCCUGGAGCCUAUGCCACUUUGUUAUAAUAUUUAAAUAAUACUGUUAGUAAAUGUUCGUUAAAAUACAUUACCAGUCAAAAGUUUGGACACACCUACUCAUUCAAGGGGUUUUCUUUAUUUUUACUAAUUUCUACAUUGUAGAAUAAUAGUGAAGACAUCAAAACUAUGAAAUAACACAUAUGGAAUCAUGUAGUAACCAAAAACGUGUUAAACAAAUCAAAUUCUUCAAAUAGCCAACCUUUGCCUUGAUGACAGCUUUGCACACUCUUGGCAUUCUCUCAACCAGCUUCAUGAGUUGUCACCUGGAAUGCAUUUCAAUUAACAGGUGUGCCUUGUUAAAAGUUAAUUUGUGGAAUUUCUUUCCUUCUUAAUGCGUUUGAGCCAAUCAGUUGUGUUGUGACAAGGUAGGGGUGGUAUACAGAAGAUAGCCCAUAUAAUGGCAAGAACAGCUCAAAUAAGCAAAGAGAAAUGACAGUCCAUCAUAACUUUAAGACAUGAAGGUCAGUCAAUCUGGAACAUUUCAAGAACUUUGAACGUUUCUUCAAGUGCAGUCGCAAAAAACAUUAAGCGCUAUGAUGAAACUGGCUCUAAUGAGGACCGCCAGAGGAAAGGAAGACCCAGAGUUACCUCUGCUGCAAGGGAUACGCUCAUUAGAGUUACCAGCCUCAGAUUGCAGCCCAAAUAAAUGCUUCAAAGAGUUCAAGUAACAGACACAUCUCAACAUCAACUGUUCAGAGGAGACUGCGUGAAUUAGGCCUUCAUGGUCGAAUUGUUGCAAAGAAACCACUACUAAAGGACACCAAUAAUAAGGAGAGACUUGCUUGGGCCAAGAAAUACGAGCAAUGGACAUUAGACCGGUGGAAAUGUGUCCUUUGGUCUGGAGUACAAAUUGGAGAUGUUUGGUUCCAACCGCCGUGUCUUUGUGAGACGCAGAGUAGGUGAACGGAUGAUCUCCGCAUGUGUGGUUCCCACCGUGAAGCAUGGAGGAGGAGGUGUGAUGGUGUGGGGAUGCUUUGCUGGUGACACUGUCUGUGAUUUAUUUAGAAUUCAAGGCACACUUAACCAGCAUGGCUACCACAGCAUUCUGCAGCGAUAUGCCAACCCAUCUGGUUUGCUCUUAGUGGACUAUCAUUUGUUUUUCAACAGGACAAUGACCCAACACACUUCCAGGCUGUGUAAGGGCUGUUUUACCACGAAGAAGAGUGAUGGAGUGCUGCAUCAGAUGACCUGGCCUCAACAAUCACCCGACCUCAACCCAAUUGAGAUGGUUUGGGAUGAGUUGGACCGCAGAGUGAAGGAAAAGCAGCCAACAAGUGCUCAGCAUAUGUGGGAACUCCUUCAAGACUGUUGGAAAAGCAUUCCAGGUGAAGCUGGUUGAGAGAAUGCCAAGAGUGUGCAAAGCUGUCAUCAAGGCUUUGAAGAAACUUCUACGUUGAAGAAUCUCAAAUAUAAAAUAUAUUUUGAUUUGUUUAAACACUUUUCUGCUUACUACAUGAUUCCAUAUGUGUUAUUUCAUAGUUUUGAUGUCUUAACUAUUAUUCUACAAUGUAGAAAAUAGUAAAAAUAAAGAAAAACCCUUGAAUGAGUAGGCGUGUCCAAACUUUUGACUGGUACUGUAUGUAAUGUGCAACAAUAUUGAAAGAAAAUAGAAAUGUAAUAUGAUGAACAUGAAUGACAUUUACUCUAACGGGUGGCCAAAAAGAACCAUCUGAGGCCUCCCGAGGUUUGCAGCGGUUCGAUCCCAGGCUGUGUCACAGCCGGCCGUGACCGGGAGACCCUUGAGGUGGUGCACAAUUGGCCCAGCGUCGUCCGGGUUAGGGGAGGGUUUGGCCGGCCGGGAUUUCCUUGUUCCAUUGCACUCUAGCGACUCCUUGUGGCGGGCCGGGUGCCUGCAAGCUGACUUCAGUCGCCAGCUGGACAGUGUUUCCUCCGACACAUUGGUGCGGCUGGCUUCCGGGUUAAGCGAGCAGUGUGUCAAGAAGCAGUGCGGCUUGGCAGGGUCAAAGCAUUUCAUGGCUACAGACGUGAGUGCUACUGUGUCGGUAGUCAUUUAGGCAGGUUAUCUUAGUGUUCUUGGGCACAGGGUCUAUGGUGGUCUUCUUGAAACAUGUUGGUAUUACAGACUCAGUCAGGGACAUUUUGAAAAUGUCAGUGAAGACACGGGUGGCCAACAAUAACUAUCCGAAUGCCAUGCCCCUACUAAGCCAUGCCUCAAAGAAAACAAACAUAUAAGUGACCCAACUGGCUGUUUCAAAAUAACCCAACGAGUGUUCUGUCCACUAUGUACCCAGCGCUGAGUUGUUUUUAAUCCAGCAUUUUUUUGAGUGUACAUAACACAUCUACGAGCACGUCAUAAACAUUACAUUAAAUCUACAUAAAGCUUAAUGACUGUGUUCCUGCCAGAUCAUGGAGCUGCUGAUGAAGGGUAAUAAGCAGCGUACCCAAGAGCCCACGGCAGCCAACCAGACAUCGUCCCGGUCCCACGCCGUGUUGCAGGUGGCUGUCAGGCAGACGAGCCGCUGUCGAGACCUUCUACAGGAGGUCCGCUUCGCACGCCUCUUCAUGAUCGACCUCGCUGGCUCCGAACGAGCCUCACAGGUACAAAAGUAUGUGUGCUUUUGUGUGUGUGUGUGUGUGUGUGUGUGCAUGCAUUUGUCUGCAAACAUACCUGUUUCUGUGUCCUCUUUUCACCUCUUGUUAUGAUCUGUUACUUGUGUCCAUUACAUAACAGCACAGUCUCCUCCCAGACAUUACAGUGUGUGUGUGUGUGUGUGUGUGUGUGUGUGUGUGUGUGUGUGUGUGUGUGUGUGUACGGGGGGGGGGGGGGGGGGGUGAGUUGGUCCUCUCUGUGUGUUUGUCCCCUCUGGGUUAUUUGACAGCCAUGUUUUACGACAGUACAUAGGGACACUGUUUUUGUCACUUUAUCAGCCCCGUCCCUGCUAUUAAUCUCUCCUAGAGGGAACUGGAUAACCUAUAAACCUCAAGUCUGCAUCCCAAAUGGCUCUCUAAUCCCUAUAUUUGCUCUAACAUCCAUAGGGCCCUCAUCAAAAAGUAGUGCACUAUGUAGGGAAUAGGGUGCCAUUUGUAUGCAGCCCUGAGGUUUAUAGGACACUUUAAUAAAGGCCCUUCACAGUGUAAAGCACCAUACAUUUACAUUCUAGACCAUGAUUGGCCCACCAUUGAGGGAAAGAAGGGGUUAAUGUCCAUAUAGUUGGCACCGCUUAUGUAAUUCUUACUGUUGACCGUCUAUCAACGUCUUCCUUAUGCCAGGGUUAUAAACGAUUACUAAAUGGCUUAUAUAGUUGAUAUGGUGCUGACUUUUAUAGCACAGUUUUAUGGUGCUGGUCACUUUUGUUGAACAGAUUGCAAUUGGAGUCUGCCAACAGAAUGUUUGCAUCCCAAAUGGCACCCUAACCCUAUUCCCUAUAGUGCACUACUUUUGAGCCAUGGGCCCUGGUCAAAAAGUAGUGCACUAUAAAGGAAAUAGAAUGCCAUUUGGGACGGAGACAAUGUAUUAUGUGAAAUAGUUGGGGUCGUUUGUGACACAGUAUAUGACACAAAAGUGUUAACUAUAAAUAUUUUUCAGAUUUAUUUACUUACUUCAUUAUCUUCAUUCCUGGAGGAACAUAGGGCAUGUACUAAAGUUUUCAAACAAUUGCCAGCCUUUUCACAUUUGUUAUACUUUACAUUUUUCCCAUGAACACUGAAGGCUUCAUAUUAGCCAUUUGCUUCUCCAAUUAGUUGCUGCAGCUUCCUGUAGACAUUCUAAUUAAGGCGAAGCGCUUAACCAACACAGACAUUGACAUGUCAUUCAUGAUGAAUGUUGUUAGAUUAGCAUCCAUAUUAAACCAGCCAGACCUCCUAUACACCAUGGGUACGUCCCAAAUGGCACCCUAUUCCCUAUAUUGUGUGCAUUACUUUUGACCAGUGCCCGUAGGGCUCUGAUCAAAAGUAGUGUACUAUACAGGGAAUAGGGUGCCAUUUGGGACGUAGCCAUGUGAAAAACAUGCAAUCAUGUCUGAACGGAGAGAACAGUUAUUUACCAUGGAAACCUUUAGAAAGGUUAACCAGCUAGGCUCUUCAAUGGAUGUAUACCAUAGCCUAAAGGCCACCAGUCUUUUUAGAUACAGAGAAUAGAGGGGGCACUACCUCUUUUGAAGGGAUAUUUUCUCUUGAGUUAGAGAGUAAAAAUGUACUGGUAGCAGCCAAAAUAAAGGAAACACCAACAUAAAGUGUUUUAAUAGGGCAUUAGGCCACCACGAGCCGCCAGAAUAGAUUCAAUGCACCUUGGUAUAGAUUCUACAAAUGUCUGGAAGUCUAUUGGAGGGAUGCGACACCAUUCUUCCACAAGAAAUUCCAUCAUUUGCUGUUUUAUUGAAGGUGGUGAAAAAAACUGUCUCAGGCACCACUCCAGAAUCUCCCAUAAGUGUUCAAUUGGGUUGCAAUCUGGUGACUGAGAUACACACUCACACACUUUAAACCCCCUAUGCUCCUUUGAGACACCUCUUUCAAAGUCACUGAGAUCUCUUCUUCUAGUCAUGGUAGCUAAAAUAAUGGGCAACAGGAAGUUUUUAUACAUGGCUCUAAGCAGUUUGGGAUGUUAAUUGCUUAAUUAACUCAGGAACCACGACUGUGUGGAAGCACCUGCUUUCAAUAUACUUUGUAUAGUCCCGUGUAGCUCAGUUGGUAGAGCAUGGCGCUUGCAAUGCCAGGGUUGUGGGUUCGAUUCCCACAGGGGACCAGUAUGAAAAUGUAUGCACUCACUAACUGUAAGUCGCUCUGGAUAAGAGCGUCUGCUAAAUGACUAAAAUGUAUCCCUCAUUUAGUCAAGUGUUUCCUUUAUUUUGGCAGUUACCUAUAAAUAGAAAGACUGGUAACACUUUCUAUAAAAUACAUAUAUAAUAACGUCCUUUAUAAUGCAUUAUAAUAAACUUACUGUGUUAUGACACUGACACUGUCCAUAGUAACUCCUAAGUGGUUAUAAAACGCUGAUUUUAUUUACUGGCUACUCUUCCAAUGUCACAGGCAGAGGAGAGAAAAGGAAGGUUAGAGCGCCCUCUGCUGGUUAACAGUGGCAGUAUCUGUCUUGGCCUGGAACUCAGCAAAUGGAGACAAUGGCAUGUUCAAGAUCGACUACAUUGCCGUCAGUGACUGCAGUGCAGACAGACUGACUGAUCUACAUACAAAUCACCUUGCAUCCUAAAUAAUCACUCUUUAUUAUUUGUAGAUCAGUCAGUUUGAUCAGCAAAAUUGAUUGUCUGGAACAUGAGGCCAGAUAGUAAACCUGCUCCCUCUCGCUCUCCCAGACACAGAACAGAGGUCAGAGGUUAAAAGAAGGGGCCCACAUCAACCGCUCCCUCCUGGCUCUGGGUAACUGCAUCAACGCCCUGAGUGAGAAACACGCCAACAAAUACAUUAACUACAGGGACAGCAAGCUGACGCGCCUGCUCAAGGUACAGUACGGCAACCCUUCUAAGACAAACUGUCCUGACUUGCCACGUGCUUUAUGAAUACAAUACACUACACUACAAUACUAUACCAUACCAUAUGAAACAAUACAAUACAAAACAGUACAAUACAAUGCAACUUUUUGCUGUAUUUUUUCAUCAUUCAGACAGAUUAUUCUGCAUUCCACUUGCAUUCAUUCACUUCCUGUUCUUAUGUGUUUGAUUGACAGGACUCGUUGGGCGGCAACAGUCGCACAGUGAUGAUAGCCCACAUUAGCCCUGCCUCCCUGGCCUUCGAGGAGUCUCGCAACACACUUAGCUACGCCGACCGUGCCAAAAGUAUUCGCACGCGGGUGAGUUAAUACACAACACACAGCACAUCAAACAUUUCUGUCUUCUCUCCAUCGCUGAGGUAUGGGACAACUGAAGUUUUUCUCUGCUCUUUCAAUUUUAAAAUCAAUCAAUCAAUCAACCAAUCAAAUGUCAUUUAAAAAGCCCUUUUUAAUUCAACAGUUAUCACAAAGUGAUUUACAGUCAACCAGCCUAGACCCCCCAAAAGAGCAAGUUAAAGAUGCCUUUAGGUCUGCAGUAUAACACAGUUAUAUCAAAGCACCAAACCAGUCAACAUUAGGCUUCAUAGUUAAUCAAUUGGGUUCCUCCUUGCUGAACGUGUGCUACUACAUCAUCCAGUACACCAACAUGUUAUUACACAGUUAUUACAGUUAUAACACAGUUAUUACACUGUUAUAACACAGUUAUCUCUCUCCACUCCAGGUGAAGAGGAACCUGCUGAAUGUGUCCUACCACAUCGCUCAGUACACCAACAUAAUCUCUGACCUGCGCAGCGAGAUCCAGCGGCUCAAGAAGAAGAUCGCUGAUCAGUCUGGACGUCAGCUCAACCUUGACCGAGCUGACAUUCGCCAUGUCCAGGGUAAUGACCUUACCUUGACCUCUCUAAUUGCUCCCUCGCUUCCUCACAGAGUGCGUGUGUUGGUUGGUUCUUCUAUCUUUGUGGGGACCUAAAAUCACCCAAAGUCCCCACAAGGAUAGUAAGACAAGGAAAAUUCUGCCUCGUGGGGACAUUUCCCACAUCCCCAUGAGGACAAAUGCUAUUUUAAGCUUAGGAGUUAGGGUUUGGGUUAGGGUUAAGGUUAAGGUUAGGUUUAGGGAAAAUAGGAUUUUGAAUGGAAAUUAAUUUUAGGUCCCCUCAAUGGAAAUUAAUUUUAGGUCCCCACAAUGGAAAUUAAUUUUAGGUCCCCACAAUGGAAAUUAAUUUUAGGUCCCCACAAUGGAAAUUCAUUUUAGGUCCCCACAAUGGAAAUUCAUUUUAGGUCGCCACAAUGGAAAUUCAUUUUAGGUCCCCACGAGGACAGAAGAACAAAACGUGUGUGUGUGUGUGUUUGCCUCCAACAGACAGUAACUUCUCUCCUCCCCUGACAUCAAUGUAGCGGAGGUGCAGGCCCACAGCACGCAGGCAAGCCGGGCAGAGAUGGACCAGCUGAGGGAACAGCUCCUAGAGGCCUUCAGGAGCCAGAUGGAGAUCAGGAAGAGCCUGAUGGAGCUGGACAACAGCAACAUGGAGAUCCAGAUGGACACCUCCAAACACCUGCUCACCAUCGCAGAGUAUGUGUCUUAGGAUGCGUCCCAAAUGGCACUCUAUUCCCUAUAUAGUGCACUACUUAUGACCAGGGCCCAUAGGGCUCUAUAUAGGGAAUAGGGUACCAUUUGUGACCUACAAUAAUCUCAUACCACUGCCUCUACACCUGUAGCCUUUACCUGUAGAAGUUAAAUGACUGUGAUAGUUAACAUAAGUGUGUCUGAACACCUGUUGUUUGUGCCCUCCUGUAGUUGGGAGCAGGAGCGAAGUCGUCGUCGCAGGAAGUGGCGAGCGGAGAGGAGGAAGGAAAGCUUCAGUAAGGAGGAGAGUGAGAAGGACUCUGACUGCCCUGAGUCUCCCCCAGACAGCACUGAGACCCAGGAAGUAGCCAUGGCCAGAGAGAACCUGGUCACUCUCAUGGCUGAACAGAAGAAGAUACGCAAACAGAAGGUAGGUUACUGUAGUCCCCUGCUCUCACCUCUAGAGGGAGCUACAGAAUCACACACACACAGCUCUUAGGCUACCCUGCUUCAAAUCAAAUCAAAUUUAAAUGGUUGUGUACACAUAUUUUGCAGAUGUUAUCACAGGUGCAGCGAAAUGCUUAUGUUCCUAGCUUCCUAGCAACAGUGCAGUAAUACCUAACAAUACAAAACAAUACACGCAAAUCCUAAAACUAAUAAUAAAGGAAUAUAGAAAUAUAGAGCAAAGUUAGAGUCCAGAAUAUAAAUAUAUAUGUAUGUGAUGGUGUGUAUAGACAUUAUGGACAGUAUAUGAAUAAAAAAGGUGUGUACAGCAGUAGUUAUUUAGGAUGAGCCAUGACUAGAAUACAGUAUAUACAUAUGAGGUGGGUAAAACAGUAUGUAAACAUUCUUAAAGUGACCAGUGUUAAAUGACUAUGUACAUAGGGCAGCAGUCUCUAAGGUGCAGGUUUGAGUACCGGGUGGUAGCCGGCUAGUAACAGUGACUAAAGUUCAGGGCAGGGUACUGGGCGGAGGCUGGCUAGUGGUGACUAUUUAACAGUCUCAUGGCCUGGAGAUAGAAGCUGUUUUAAGGUAGACUCAUCUUAAAGGUAGACUCAGUGAAAUGACGUUGCCACAAGCAGCACCGCAGAUAUUGAGAUGAGCGAGAUGCAAGACUUCGCUCUUACACAGUCACACACAGUAUCUGCACAUGUGCAUGGGUUCGCUUAAUGCUGUUAGAUCGUGGUAUAGCCCCGGGACCAAAACAGCGGUUCAGACAUAGCGGCUCAGACACGAGACGUAUGUGGCAGGGUCUACAGACAAUCAUGGACUACAAUAGGAAAACCAGCCACGUCGCGGACACCGGCGUCUUGCUGCCAGAUAAGCUAAACAAGUUCUUUGCCCGCUUUGAGGAUAAUACAGUGCCACCGACGCGGCCAGCUACCAAGGACUGUGGGCUCUCCUUCUCCGCGGCCGACGUAAGACAUUUAAACGUGUUAACCAUUGCAAGGCUGCCGGCCCAGACGGUAUUCCUUGCCACGUCCUCAGAGCAUGCGCAGACCAGCUGGCUGGUGUGUUUACGGACAUAUUCAAUCUCUCCCUAUCCCAGUCUGCUGUCCCCACAUGCUUCAAGAUGGCCACCAUUGUUCCUGUACCCAAGAAUGCAAAGGUAACUGAACUAAAUUACUAUCGCCCGUAGCACUCAUUCUGUCAUCAUGAAGUGCUUUGAGAGACUAGUCAAGGAUCAUAUCACCUCCACCUUACCUGUCACCCUAGACCCACUCCAAUUUGCAUACCAGCCCAAUAGGUCCACAGAUGAUGCAAUCGCCAUCACACUGCACACUGCCCUAUGCCAUCUGGACAGGAGGAAUACCUAUGUAAGAAUGCUGUUCAUUGACUAUAGUUCAGCAUUCAACACCAUAGUACCCUCCAAGCUCAUCAUCAAGUUUGAGGCCCUGGGUCUCAACCCCGCCCCUGUGCAAUUGGGUCCUGGACUUCCUGACGGGCUGCCCCCAGGUGGUGAAGGUUGGAAACAACAUCUCCACUUUGCUGAUCCUCAACAGUGGGGCCCCACAAGGGUGUGUGCUCAGCCCCCUCCUGUACUCCCUGUUCACCCAUGACUGCAUAGCCAUGCACGCCUCCAACUCAAUCAUCAAGUUUGCAGACGACACAACAGUAGUAGGCUUGAUUACCAACAACGAUGAGACAGCCUACAGGGAGGAGGUGAGGGCUCUCGGAGUGUGGUGUCAGGAAAAUAACCUCUCACUCAACGUCAAAAAAAGAAAGGAGAUGAUCGUGGACUUCAGGAAACAGCAGAGGGUGCACCCCCCUAUCCACAUCGACGAGACACCAGUGGAGAAGGUGUAAAGUUUUAAGUUCCUCUGCGUACAUAUCACUGUCAAACUGAAAUGGUCCACCCACACAGACAGUGUGGUGAAGAGGUGCAACAGUGUCUCUUCAACCUCAGGAGGCUGAAGAAAUCUGGCCUGUCACCUAAAACCCUCACACAUUUUUACAGAUGCACAAUUGAGAGCAUCUUGUCGGGCUGUAUCACCGCCAGGUACGGCAACUGCACAGCCCACAACCGCAGCGCUUUCCAGAGGGUGGUGCGGUCUGCACAACACAUCACCGGGGGCAAACUACCUGCCCUCCAGGACACCUACAGCACCCGAUGUCACAGGAAGGCCAAAAAGAUAAUCAAGGACAACUACCACCCGAGCCACUGCCUGUUCACCCCGCUAUCAUCCAGAAGGUGAGGACAGUACAGGUGCAUCAAAGCUGGGACCGAGAGACUGAAAAACAGCUUCUAUCUCAAGGCCAUCAGACUGUUAAACAGCCAUCACUAGCACAGAGAGGCUGCUGCCUACAUACAGACUUGAAAAUCACUGGCCACUUUAAUAAAUGGAACACUAGUCACUUUAAUAAGGCCACUUUAAUGUUUACAUAUCUUGCAUUACCCAUCUCAUAUGUAUAUACUGUAUUCUAUACUAUCUUAAUAAUGUUUACAUAUCUUGCAUUACCCAUCUCAUAUGUAUAUACUGUAUUCUAUACUAUCUAUUGCAUCUUGGACUAUGCCACUCUGAUAAUGACAUUGCUCAUCCAUAUAUUUAUAUAUUCUUAUUCCAUUCCUUUACUUAGAUUCGUGUGUAUUAUGUUUUUGUUGUGGAACUGUUAGAUAUUACUUGCUAGAUAUUGCUGUACUGUCGGAACUAGAAGCACAAGCAUUUCGCUACACUCGCAAUAACAUCUGCUAACCAUGUGUAUGUGACCAAUACAUUUGAUUUGAUUUUGAUUUGAUUUGAAGUAGAGCCCCGCGCUUCAACGCUCUUAGUUGUUACAACAACAAAAAAAUAUGUACUUUCUGCAUCUAUGUCAUAUUGCUGAGUCUACCUUUAAACUAGGCAUUGAUAGCCUUGUAAACUAGACAAUAGAGCUCGUAGUCCUAAAAAAAGGAAAUUAGUUAGCCAUGGCUCAUUGGUCAAAGCCUAUGGGGAAAUGAAUGUUUUUAUUUUAUUUUAUUUUUUAUAAAUGCUGAAAAUAAGGUCAGAGGUUAACACAGGCUUAGGAGAUCGCAUACGUUUUGUUCUAUGAGAUACAGUUCCUAUAGAAAUUCUACACCCCCCUUGGAUUUCUUAACAUUUUAUUGUAUACAACGUGUGAUUAAAAUUGAUUUAAUUGUAAUUUUUUGUCAACGAUCUACACAAAAUACAAUAAAACAAAAAAAGAUUCAUGAAAAAUAAAACACUAAGAUUACAGCUGUGAGUCUUCUUGGGUAAGUCUCAUAAGAGGUUUGCAAAAAUUAUUUGACCAUUUUAUUAUUUUCUAAAUUCUUCAAGCUCUGUCAAGGUGUUAGAAAUCAUGACAGCAAUUUUCAAGUCUUGCCAUAGAUUCUCAAUCAGAUUUAAGUCAGAACUGUAACUUGGCAACUCAGGAACAUUCACUGUCUUCUUGGUAAGCAACUCCAGUGUAGAUUUGGCUUUGAGUUAUAGGUUAUUGUCCUGCUGAAAGGUGAAUUCCUCUCCCAGUAUCUGGUGUAAAGCAGACUGAAGCAGGCUUUCCUCUAGGAUUUUGCCUGUGCUUAGCUCCAUCCCAUUUAUUUUCUUCCUGAAAAACUCCCCAGUCUUUGCUGAUGUCAAGCAUACCCAUACCAUGAUGCAGCCACCACCAUGCUUGAAAAUAAGAAGGCAGUUACUCAGUGAUGUGUUGUGUUGGAUUUGCCCCAAACAUAGGGCUUUGCAUUUAGGCCAAAUAGUGUACUCCUUUGCUUGCCGUAUUACUUUAGUGCCUUGUUGCAGACAUAUGCAUGUUUUGGUAUAUUUUUAUUCUUCUUUUCUCUCUGUCAUUUAGGUCAUUAUUUUGGAGUCACUACAAUGUUGUUGAUCCAUCCUCAGUUUUCUCCCAUCACAGCUAUUGAACUCUGUAGCUGUUUUAACAUCACCAAUGGCCUCAUGGUGACAUCCCUAAGCAGUUUCCUUCCUGUCCUGCAGCUCAGUUCAGAAGGACGUCUGCAUCUUUGAUGUGUCUGGAUAGUUUAAUACAUAAUCCACAGCAUAAUUAUUAACUUGACCAUGCAUAAUGAUGCAGAGUAUUCAAUGUCUGAUUUGUUAUUGUUACUCAUCUUCCAAUCACUGCCCUUCUUUAUGAGGCUUUCAAAAAGCUCCCUGGUCUUUGUAGUUAAAUAUGUGCUUGAAACUCAAAACUUGACUGAGGGACCUUAUAGAUGUUGUAUGUAUGAGGGACAGACGAAGGGGUAGUCAUUAAAAAGUAAUGUCAACCCCUACUAUUUCACACAGAGUGAGUCCAUAUAACGUAUUAUGUGAUUUGUUAAGCAACAUUGUACUUCUGAACUAAUUUAGGUUUGCCUAAACAAAGGGGGUGAAUACUUAUGCAAAGGGGGUGAAUUUUUAUUAAUUUGUAAAAGAUUUGUCUAAUUAUCUUUUCAAUUGAAUCUAUUUCAAUCCCACUUUGUAACGGCAAAAAAAUUGAAAAAGGUUCAAGAAGGUAUAGACUUUCUAUAGGGAAAGGGAAUACCUAGUCAGUUGUACAACUGAAUGCAUUAAACCAAAAUGUGUCUUCCACAUUUAACCCAACCCCUCUGAAUCAGAUAGGUGCGAGGGGCUGCCUUAAUUGACAUCUUCGGCACCCGGGGAGCAGUUGUUGGGGGUUAACUCACUUGGGCAGAACGGCAGAUAUUUCCAUCUUACCGGCUCAGGGUUUCAAACCAGCGACCUUUCGGUUACUGCCCCAAUGCUCUUAACCGCUAGGCUACCUACCACCCACAGGCACUGUAAUAUCAGUCAGUUAACAUGACCUUUAUGAAUUAUGAAGCCUUUAUGCGCUUUAUGUGUUUGUUUUGAUGACAUAAAUGCUUCAGAAUUCACAAAAAGUGACGUUAGCUGAUUAAGUUAUCUCAUAGAACAAAACGUAUAAGAUCUCCUAAACCUGUGUUUAUCACAUACCUUAUUUUUGGUGUUUAUCCAAAACUCACAUUAAUUUCCCAAUAGGCUUUGAACCAACGAGCCAUGGCGGAGUUAGCCUCCGUUACUGCAUACAAAAAGCAGCCAUUACUAUUGCUCUCUAUUGCACAGUACAGAGGUGGCCAGUGGUAGGAGAUAUCGGAGGACAGGCUCAUUGUCAUGGCUGGAUUGGAAUGAAUAGAACGGUAUUAAGCACAUGGUUUACAAUGGUUUAUUCCAUUUAAUCUACUCCCACCAGCCUCCACUUGUACAGUAGACCCACAUGUACCAUGAUGAGAACAUACUAUGGUGAGGAUUUCAUUGAGCCCUGCCUGCUGUUUGUCCUCCUGUCCUAUAGGCGUCGCUAGAGAGCCGCUUCGUGGAGCUGCGGGAGCGGGCCAGGCGCCUGGAGGAGCUGCUUCCUCGCAGGGUGAGCUCCGAGGAGCAGAGGGAGGUGCUGGGCCUCCUCUGUAAGGUCCACGAGCUGGAGAUCGAGAAUGCUAAGAUGCAGUCCCAUGCCCUGCUCAAAGACAACGUGAUCCGACAGAAGAACUUUGUGGUGCAGCGCUUCGAGCAGCACCGCCACCUCUGUGACGAGAUCAUCCAGCAGCAGAGACAGUUCAUUGACGGUGUGUUCAAACAACACAGUAAACAAACACAACUUCAUUUUUUUUACUACAAUAGCUAUAGACCUCCUCUUCAAAAAUAUUGAAGUCUGAAAUCUAGAACUCACUAUCCAGGGUCCACACUUUAGUGAUCUUGCAAACGCAGUGAGGUUGAUUGAAUGUGUAACAAUUAAAUGUUGUGUAUGUAAGUGUUGGGUACGGAAGAGUAUUAUGCCAAGGGAAGAGAAACAAAAUAAUAAACAGUGGCAAUAUUAUGAAUAAAGUGGAAAUAUUUCGAGAAUAAAGUCUAAAUUUAAUUUUGUGAAUAAAGUGGCAAUAUUUCAAGAAUAAAGUGGCAAUAUUUCCAGAAUAAAGUGGCAAUAUUUCCAGAAUAAACUUCUAUCGAAGUUAUAUUUCAAGAUUAAUGUAGGGGAUUUGAUUAACUGCAUGUCUCCCUGGCUCCCUGUUGCUGUGCACACCACUGUUGAAAUGCCUGCAGUUAGAUGACCUGGUGAAACUAUACUUUAGAAUUGGCUUUAGUAAAAAGGAAAUCCUUUGUCUUUUACCACAUAAUAACCAUUAACCUAUUAGGACCUGGAAGGAGGAACCACACGGGCUCUGAUUAGGUAUUUUAUCUAAGUCUGUGUGGUUACAUACAGUGCCUUGCAAAAGUAUUCAUCCCCCUUGGCGUUUUUCCUAUUUUGUUGCAUUACAACCUGUAAUUUAAAUUAAUUUUUAUUUGAAUUUCAUGUAAUGGACAUACAGUGGGGGAAAAAAGUAUUUAGUCAGCCACCAAUUGUGCAAGUUCUCCCACUUAAAAAGAUGAGAGAGGCCUGUAAUUUUCAUCAUAGGUACACGUCAACUAUGACAGACAAAAUGAGAGAAAAAAAAUCCAGAAAAUCACAUUGUAGGAUUUUUAAUGAAUUUAUUUGCAAAUUAUGGUGGAAAAUAAGUAUUUGGUCAAUAACAAAAGUUUCUCAAUACUUUGUUAUAUACCCUUUGUUGGCAAUGACACAGGUCAAACGUUUUCUGUAAGUCUUCACAAGGUUUUCACACACUGUUGCUGGUAUUUUGGCCCAUUCCUCCAUGCAGAUCUCCUCUAGAGCAGUGAUGUUUUGGGGCUGUCGCUGGGCAACACAGACUUUCAACUCCCUCCAAAGAUUUUCUAUGGGGUUGAGAUCUGGAGACUGGCUAGGCCACUCCAGGACCUUGAAAUGCUUCUUACGAAGCCACUCCUUCGUUGCCCGGGCGGUGUGUUUGGGAUCAUUGUCAUGCUGAAAGACCCAGCCACGUUUCAUCUUCAAUGCCCUUGCUGAUGGAAGGAGGUUUUCACUCAAAAUCUCAUGAUACAUGGACCCAUUCAUUCUUUCCUUUACACGGAUCAGUCGUCCUGGUCCCUUUGCAGAAAAACAGCCCCAAAGCAUGAUGUUUCCACCCCCAUGCUUCACAGUAGGUAUGGUGUUCUUUGGAUGCAACUCAGCAUUCUUUGUCCUCCAAACACGACGAGUUGAGUUUUUACCAAAAAGUUAUAUUUUGGUUUCAUCUGACCAUAUGACAUUCUCCCAAUCCUCUUCUGGAUCAUCCAAAUGCACUUUAGCAAACUUCAGACGGGCCUGGACAUGUACUGGCUUAAGCAGGGGGACACAUCUGGCACUGCAGGAUUUGAGUCCCUGGCGGCGUAGUGUGUUACUGAUGGUAGGCUUUGUUACUUUGGUCCCAGCUCUCUGCAGGUCAUUCACUAGGUCCCCCCGUGUGGUUCUGGGAUUUUUGCUCACCGUUCUUGUGAUCAUUUUGACCCAACGGGGUGAGAUCUUGCGUGGAGCCCCAGAUCGAGGGAGAUUAUCAGUGGUCUUGGAUGUCUUCCAUUUCCUAAUAAUUGCUCCCACAGUUGAUUUCUUCAAACCAAGCUGCUUACCUAUUGCAGAUUCAGUCUUCCCAGCCUGGUGCAGGUCUACAAUUUUGUUUCUGGUGUCCUUUGACAGCUCUUUGGUCUUGGCCAUAGUGGAGUUUGGAGUGUGACUGUUUGAGGUUGUGGACAGGUGUCUUUUAUACUGAUAACAAGUUCAAACAGGUGCCAUUAAUACAGGUAACGAGUGGAGGACAGAGGAGCCUCUUAAAGAAGAAGUUACAGGUCUGUGAGAGCCAGAAAUCUUGCUUGUUUGUAGGUGACCAAAUACUUAUUUUCCACCAUAAUUUGCAAAUAAAUUCAUUAAAAAUCCUACAAUGUGAUUUUCAGGAUUUUUUUUUCUCAAUUUGUCUGUCAUAGUUGACGUGUACCUAUGAUGAAAAUUACAGGCCUCUCAUCUUUUUAAGUGGGAGAACUUGCACAAUUGGUGGCUAACUAAAUACUUUUUUCCCCCACUGUACACAAAACAGUCCAUAUUGGUGAAGUGAAAUGAAAAAAAUAACUUGUUUCAAAAAAUUCUAAAAAAUAAAUAACGGAAAAGUGGUGCGUGCAUAUGUAUUCACCCCCUUUGCUAUGAAGCCCCUAAAUAAGAUCUGGUGCAACCAAUUACCUUCAGAAGUGACAUAAUUAGUUAAAUAAAGUCCACCUGUGUGCAAUCUAAGUGUCACAUGAUCUGUCACAUGAUCUCAGUAUAUAUACACCUGUUCUGAAAGGCCCCAGAGUCUGCAACACCACUAAGCAAGGGGCACCACCAAGCAAGGGGCACCAUGAAGACCAAGGAGCUCUCCAAACAGGUCAGGGACAAAGUUGUGGAGAAGUACAGAUAAGGGUUGGGUUAUAAAAAAAAUAGUUUCUGAACAUCCCACGGAGCACCAUUCAAUCCAUUAUAAAAAAAAUGGAAAGAAUAUGGCACCACACCAAACCUGCCAAGAGAGGUCUGCCCACCAAAACUCACGGACCAGGCAAGGAGGGCAUUAAUCAGAGAGGCAACAAAGAGACCAAAGAUAACCCUGAAGGAGCUGCAAAGCUCCACAGCAGAGAUUGGAGUAUCUGUCCAUAGGACCACUUUAAGCCGUACACUCCACAGAGCUGAGCUUUACGGAAGAGUGGCCAGAAAAAAGCCAUUGCUUAAAGAAAGAAAUAAGCUAACACGUUUGGUGUUCGCCAAAAGGCAUGUGGGAGACUCCCCAAACAUAUGGAAGAAGGUGCUCUGGUCAGAUGAGACUAAAAUCGAGCUUUUUGGCCAUCAAGGAAAACGCUAUGUCUGGCGCAAACCCAACACCUCUCAACACCCCGAGAACACCAUCCCCAGUGAAGCAUGGUGGUGGCAGCAUCAUGCUGUGGGGAUGUUUUUCAUCGGCAGGGACUGGGAAACUGUUCAGAAUUUGAGGAAUGAUGGAUGCCGCUAAAUACAGGGAAAUUAUUGAGGGAAACCUGUUUCAGUCUUCCAGAGAUUUGAGACUGGGACGGAGGUUCACCUUCCAGCAGGACAAUGACCCUGUCACGCCCUGGCUCUGGGGACUCUUAAAAGUUGAGCCAGGGUGUGUAGUGUCUAUGUUGUAUUUUCUAUGUUUCGUUCUAGUUCGUGUUUUCUAUGUUGGCCAGGGUGGUUCCCAAUCAGAGGCAGCUGAUUCUCGUUGUCUCUGAUUGGGAACCAUACUUAGGCAGCCGGUUGGCACUAGUUUAUUGUGGGAUCUUGUUCUGUAUAGGUUUGUGUUGGUGAACCUGUAGACUUCACGUAUCGUUUUGUUGUUUUGUUAUUUUGUGUAAAGUACUCAUUAAAAGAUGUACGCAUAUCACGCUGCGCCUUGGUCCGCUUCAUCCUAUAACGAUCGUGACAGACCCUAAGCAUACUGCAAAAGCAACACUCGUGUGGUUUAAGGGGAAACAUUUAAAUGUCUUGGAAUGGGCCUAGUUAAAGCCCAGACCUCAAUCCAAUUGAGAAUCUGUGGUAUGACUUAAAGAUUUCUGUACACCUACGGAACCCAUCCAACUUGAAGGAUAUAGCGGUGUUGUAGAACAUUUGGAGAGCAGCUUGACACAGGAUCCCAAGAAAAUGUGUUUUAUUGGGUGUGCUCACGUAACCUACUAGCCUAUAGUCGUUAGAAGGAUAAUUGCCAUAAGGGGAAAUACUACUGUUAGUAAAGCACCAUGUAUAAGGUCGUUAAUAGUUGUCAUUAUGGACAGAUUUUAUGCAAGGUGUUCGCCUAGGCUACGUAGCAGAACGUUGUAGCGAAUUCGGAGGGCAGACUGACAGGGACUCAACCCAAGUUCUCUUCGCAUUCAGUGACGGUGGCAAGAAAGUGUUUUUGUUUGUGCUCACCAUUGCCGUUAGAAGAGUGUAUGCCCAUAGUCUGAAAGUGUGUGUGUGUGUGUGUGUGUGUGUGUGUGUGUGUGAGAGAGAGUUAUUAGAUCAUUAGAUUGAUAAGUGUGAGCAGUGACGCCCAUUUGAACAGUGGUGGAAAAAGUACUCAAUUGUCAUACUUGAGUAAAAGUAAAGAUACCUUAAUAGAAAAUGACUCAAGUUAAAGUGAAAGUCACCCAGUAAAAUACUACUUGAGUAAAAGUCGAAAAGUAUUUGGUUUUAAAUAUAUAUAAGUAUCAAAAUUAAAUGUAAUUGCUCAAAUAUACUUAAGUAUCAAAAGUAUAAAUACUUUCUUAUUCCUUAUAUCAAGCCAGGGGCACACUCCAACACUCAGACAUCAUUAACAAAUAAAGCAUUUUAAUCUUCAGUGAGUCCACCAGAUCAGAGGCAGUGGGGAUGACCAGGGAUGUUCUCUUGAUAAGUGUGUGAAUUGGACCAUUUCCCUGUGCUGCUAAGCAUUCAAAAUGUAACCAGUACUUUUGGGUGUCAGGGAAAAUGUAUGGAGUAAAAAGUAAAUUAUUUUCUUUAGGAAUGUAGUGAAGUAAAAGUUGUCAAAAAUAUAAAUAGUAAAGUAAAGUGCAGAUACUCAAAAAAACUACUUAAGUAGUACUUUAAAGUAUUUUUACUGAAGUACUUUACACCACUGCGUUUGAACAAGUGUAUUGGAUCAUUAGUUUGAUGGCCAUUUGUCUGUUUUGCUCCUACUUUUUACCGCCCACACACACAACCAGCCCGUCUCUACCUAUGUAUGUAACCACAGUUCCUCCUUCUGAAAAUAAUCUGUGGCACAACCUUAUCCAGGUCCUAAUACUUAUAAUAAUAGGGUUAUUACACUGUAUGUACUAAAAGAGCAAAGUUUUCCUUCUUACUAAAGCCAAUUCUAAAGUAUAGUUUCACCAAGUCAUCAACAGUGGAGUGCACAGCAACAGGGAGCCAGGGAGACAUGCAUUUAACCAAAUACCGUACGUUAAUCUUGAAAUAUAACUGUGACUUUGUUAUAAAAAUGUUGACUUUAUUCUCAAAAUUUUGCCACUUUAUUCUCUAAAUAUUGCCACUUUAUUCUCUAAAUAUUGCCACUUUUUAAAAAUACUAUAGUGCAAAAAAUAAUAAUCCAAGUACCACCACCCGUCACAGUUUAUUUAUUUUUUCUCUUUACUUGGCCCUAAUACUCUUCCGUAGUUGUAUGUUUAGUGUUGUAGUAUGACUACUCUAACAUGGUUGGUGUUGUGUUGUAGUGUGACAACUACUCUAACAUGGUUGGUGUUGUGUUGUAGUAUGACAACUACUCUAACAUGGCUGGUGUUGUAGUGUGACUAGUAUUCUAACCUGUGUUGUGUUGUGUUGUUGCAGACCACAGCCUUCUGGUGCCCCCCCACCUUCAGGAGCUGUAUGGGAUGUACAUGAGAGAGCUGGACGAGAGGAACCUGGACAGAGCCAUGGCCCUGGACAAAGUCACCGGAUGCACACUCAAGGUAGACAACAGAUGCACUCACCACACACACCACACACAUGCACACACACACAUUAAAAGCCCUGGACAAGAUCACUGGACGCACACUCAAGGUAGACAAUAGAUAGAGAACGUGAUUGAGAUUGAAAUCGAGAUCACGCACAGACAGACACACACACACACAAUUCUAACAUAUAAACGUAUCCUUCCUCCUCUACCAUUUGCUGUCUCCAGGAGGCCUCCCUGCCCAAGAUCACCCUACCCAGCCGAGGUCGUGGCCCGCUGCAGGACAUGGACUCAGACCAGGAGAGCGUUCGCACCAUGGGCUCAGAGACCAGGCAUGGCAGGGCCAAGGCCCGCAGACACACCCUGCCACCCAUCCUACCUGAGCCUGAAGGGUAAGAGGACAGAGGGACUGGGAGAUUGGGAGGGUGGGAGAGAGAGAGAGAGGGUGCUGGUUGGUUUAGGAGGAAGAAACCCUUUAGUCUGUAUCUCCAUCUUAUCCUUCUAUUGAAGGACAUUAGUCUAACUGACUAUCUUUCUCUCUCUGUCGUUCUUUCUCUCGCUCUCUAUCUACCCCCCAUUCUUCUCACAGAGACAACAACCGGGUGUUUAAGAGCAGUCCCCAUGCCAGACAGAUUAAACAUUCUGCUGUGAUGACCCCUCCUCCCAUCCACAUCAACGGCCAGGGGAACAGAGAGGUGAGAACACAGUACCAUCCACACUGUGGAUAUAAACUAGGCCCGAUGCAGCUAUUGCCAUUAUACCUGAAGUGUGGAGACAUCAUAGUAAUGGAGGUUACAGCCAUAUCAGAGCAACAUUUCUACCAGGUUUCAUAUGUGCAUACUCCCCUAUGAGAGUGUGAGUAUAAUGCCACAUGUCCCCUCUCCUCUGUCCUCUCCAGCUGCAGCCAUUGGCUCCAGAGACCACUCUGAGCUACAGCCACCUCAGCCACAGUGUCAGCAGUCACCUGGACUCCUCCCCCGAGAGCAGCGAGACGGGUCAGGAUAUCCCCCUCACACGUAAGGGUAAGCGACCCCCAAGGGCUACAGCAGACAGGAGCGAUACGGGAUAGGGAGUACUUUGGGUACAGAGGUAGGAUCUUAUUUUGAGACAGUUUGCAAUAGCAGGAAAAUUAUCCUUUAGCAACAGGAAAUGUGAAUUAUUAUGUGGAUUGUAAUUAAUUGACAUUUUUGUAGAGGUUGAUACAUUUUUCGUAAGGGAAAAUCAAGUCUGAAAUUAAGUAGAAAUUACAAACUUCAGAAGCCUUUUUAAAGGUCAAAUACACUACAUGUUUUACAUUUCCUACAUUGCAGGAAAGUACUCCUGCAACCGGGUGAUCAAAUUAAGAUCCUACAUCUGUAGAUGUGGGCACGGACCACAAACUGAUGGAAUACAGAAUAUAGCCGUUAUACAUCUAGGGGACAAUUGGGGACAAUAACGUUUAUAUGUUAUUAUCUUAUCUUAGGUCAGGAUGCUGGUGUACUAGAUGAGUUCAUAGUAGAGCCUCUGUCUCGAUUUCCUACUAAUCAAAUGUCUCCCUUGAAUCAACAGAGAGGCAGCAGAUCCUCAAAGGGAUCCACAACAUUGCAGUAAAGGCCGCUUGCCGCCGCUCCAAAGCCCUGGAAGUGGACGCCCUGAGGCUGCCCCCUCCUCCCUCCCCCCUGGACCCCAAGAAGCACAAGAGCAGCUUGUCUCUGAGCGAGGCGCCCCCUAGGGGCCUGACCCUGCUUCGCGGCCGGCAGCCCAGCCCCGAGCUCCGCCACGCCACCUCAGAUGAGAACCUAUCCAGCAGCACAGGGGAGGGGCCUGGCUCCCUGGGCACCUGGACACGCCCACGCAACCGCCAGCCUGCCCCCAAGAACCCAAACCCCACCCCCCGUGAGCAGGACUUCGAGGCUCGCCGCCGGAAGAAACGAUCCCGCUCAUUCGAGGUCACAGGUCAAGCAGUAAGUAGCAUGUUCAUUAUCUAGCUCCCUGAGAAGGAUUUGAUUAUUCAGUACUGUAUGUUAGUAGAGUCAUCAGCAGCUGUGAUUGAUUGAUUGAUUGAUUGAUCAAAUUACAUAGACAUAUAAAGUGGCUCCAGCCGGAAACAACGUUACAGUAAAUAGCCUACAUGAUAUCAGCCUUAACACACUACUCAAUCCCUCCCCCUGCUCAGCUGUCUCAGUCUAAGACCAUGGCAGCCCAGCGUGUCCGCCCGCUGGACAGCACUUCAGACCCCCACCUCCACAUCAACGGCCAGCCCCAGGCCCCCCUGCUACGCCCACAGCACAGGGGGGUCCCUCCUCUCACCAAAGUCCGGCUGCCCCACAACAACCACCAAACAGGUCAGCCUCCCUUUACCUACACCAGAUAAAAAAAUACAAAAUAUUGCUGCAAGCAGCCAUGGCGGGGUUCAAGCCCUAUGGCACCCACAGCGCCCUUGGAUAUUGGCUUAUCUCCUCACAGUGUAGCUAAUUAAAUAUAUCAACAUACUGUACUGUUUGUAAACAGGGCUCUGUAUACAGUUUUUGACUAAUGCUUUUUACAGGCCCCAUCACAGAGUCCUCCCCAGUACAUCUGAGCAACCUGAAGCGUGCGUCCCAGCUGCGCCAGCCGCAGCCGCUGCUCUACAUCACCACCACGGGCACCGGAGGCCAGCGCAUCCGCAGGCACUGA